AUGGAGAAUUCUGAUAAAUAUCAUUUUUACGAAACGAUUGAAGUCAACAGCACCAAUGAUGGAACAACUAAUACUCUUCCUUGUGCCACUUGUCACCAUGCUUGCAAAAUUGAGGAAAUCAAGGACUUUCUGCUCACAGCCAGGAGGAAGGAUACCAAAUCCAUCAAGAUCAAGAAAAAUAAGGAAAACGUGAAGUUUAAGGUUCGCUGCAGCAGAUAUCUUUACACCUGGGUCAUCACCGACAAAGAGAAGGCAGAGAAGCUGAGGCAGUCCCUGCCUCCGGGUUUGGCAGUGAAGGAGCUGAAAUGA